AAGAACUUCCCUCCAAUCUUCGAAAGCCCAAACCUUCGAUCUUCGUUAAGCCGAAAGACUGAUCUAGCCUAUCCAUGCCGUCACUAGUGCCCAAAUUAGCACAAGUGCUAUGGCUGGCCUCAGCGCUCGCAGCAAUUCACCCCGUUGUUGGAGCGCUGCCGCAGCCAAGUAGCAACUGCCAGAGAAGAUGUGGCCAACUCGAGAUCCCCUACCCGUUUGGCAUCGGAUCAGGCGACUCGCCUGACCACUGUGCCAUGCCUGGCUUCUACCUGAACUGCAGCGACUUCAGGACAUUUCUUGGUAAUGUCGAGGUGCUUAACAUCUCGAUACAAAACAGCACUGCACGGAUGAGGGUGACCAUGGCCUCAUCUUGCUACAACACCUCCACUAAGGACAUGGACUACGACGCUCGGGCGUUGAACCUUACAGGUACACCCUACAGGCUCUCCGACACGGCGAACAAGUUCACGGUUGUUGGGUGCAGAACAUUGGCAUACAUUGCUGAUCAGGACAACGUGGGAAAGUACGCGAGCGGCUGCGUGUCCAUAUGCAGGCGAGGUGAUGUGAGCAUCCUCACCGAUGGCUCAUGCUCUGGAAUUGGCUGCUGCCAGACAGCCAUCCCCAAGGGGCUACAAUACUACAAAGUGUGGUUCGCACGACGCUUCAACACAUCCCAGAUCUACAACAUCAGCCGCUGCAGCUACGCGGCGCUGGUCGAGGCAUCCAACUUUACAUUCUCCACAAGGUAUGCUACAUCGUCGGCGUUCUAUGACACUUAUGGCAGGAAGCCGCCGUUAGUGGUGGACUGGGCUAUCGGAAAUGGAACGUGUGAGGAAGCCCGUAACAAGCCUGGAUCCUAUGCUUGUGUCAGCAGCAACAGCCAGUGCUUCAAUUCCACAAACGGGCAAGGCUACGUCUGCAAUUGCUCCAAAGGGUUCCAAGGCAAUCCAUACCUUGUCGACGGAUGCCAAGAUGUUGAUGAGUGCAAGGAUCUGGAAACCAACCCUUGCUCUGUGAAGGAAGCUUGCAAGAAUACUCAUGGUGGAUUUGAAUGUACUUGUCCUCGACAGUCCCCAAAAGGCAACGCCUACAACGGGACAUGUGAGAAAGACCAAUCAAUUCCACUUACAGUCACAAUUCCAAUAGGAAUUUUUGGCUGUCUUUUGGUUGGUCUUUUACUUUUCCUUAUUAAAGAAUGGAUCAAGCACAAACGACGAAUAAUCAGGCACGAAUACCUAAAGAAAAUGAACGAAUGUUUUCAACAGAACGGUGGCCAACUUCUAAUGGAUAUGAUGAAAGUAGAGAGUAACAAUUUAUUUCAGUUGUAUGACCGGGAAGAAAUUGAGGUGGCCACAAACAACUUCGACAACAGAUCAAUCAUUGGAGAAGGUGGUCAGGGAACCGUUUAUAUAGGGCAAAAUCUUGAUGCACAAAACAAUCCUGUUGCAAUCAAGAUCUGCAAGGGAUUCGAUGAGAGUAGGAGAAGGGAAUUUGGUCAGGAGCUGCUUAUACUUUCUCGAGUAAAACAUGAAAACAUUGUCCAGCUUCUGGGUUGCAGCUUGCAGUUUGAAGCUCCAGUUCUGGUGUACGAAUAUGUGCCGAAUCAAACCCUGCACUACCUGAUCCAUAGACAAGAUGAUGCAUCCAUCAGAACUCUGGAAAUCCGUCUUAAAAUUGCCACUGAAAUUGCUACUGCACUAGCAUACCUACAUUCACUUAGUCACCCUAUCUUCCAUGGAGAUAUCAAAUCUGUCAACAUUCUUAUAGGCCACAAUCUCUCCGCUAAACUUUCUGAUUUCGGAUGCUCAAUGAUUAGGUCUGCUGAUGACAAUGUUCAAGUAGUGAAGGGGACAAUGGGCUACUUAGAUCCAGAGUACCUUUUGAACUUUGAGCUUACUGAUAAGAGUGAUGUUUACAGUUUUGGUGUUGUUCUUUUGGAGCUCCUAACACGUAGGACGGCACUGUCCGAAACAAAGGAGAGCCUCGUGUCUGUCUUCACGGAAGCCAUGAAGGAGGGCAAGCUUGUGGAGCUUAUAGAUACGGAGUUAGCCAACCAAGAAAACAUGGAUUUAUUACAUCAAAUGGCUGCAUUAGCAAGAGAAUGCUUGGCCAUGACUGGUCAACAUCGACCAAUGAUGAGCCAGGUAGCCGAGGAACUCCAACGAUUGGCAGGCCCAGUGCCACAGCGCACUCGACUGUUUCAUGGUGUUAACGCACUCAUGUUGCAGGGACGGUCGUUUAACAAUGCAGCAGGUGACUAUACUACUGAAGAAAGUACAGAUUACUACAACCUCCAGGAGAAAGCCUCCAUGAGCACAGAGUUUGCACGAUGAAA